AUGCCAUUAGCUUGCACCAGCCAGUUUCUCAAACAUAUAAUCACUCUCCGUGGAUCAGCCGCUAUUGUCAGUGAAUUCUUUGGUUAUGCUGCAAAUAGAAAAGCAAAGGUCAAGAAAUGUGGGCUUCCCAUGCUUCUCACUCAAGAUGAAGGUGUUAAAUUCUUCAUUUCAAAAUUGACUGCACAGCUAUCUGAAUGGCUUGAAACUGGAAAAUUGCAUAGGGUAGUAUUGGUGAUCAUGAGCAAGGCCAUUGUUUUAGAGAGAGUUUCAAGGGAGAAGAGGGAUAAAGAAAUAAUGAGGGAAAUUCAAGCAAUUACGAGACAGAUAGCUUCCAGCAUCACAUACUUGCCAUGCCUUGAUGAACCUUGUAAGUUUUCAAUUUGA